GAAUUGUGUCCUCGUUAAGAAAGGAUAUUCGUUACAUUGUUGUUAAGUUGUUAUUAUAAUUUCUCAAACAAACCAACCAACCAACCAAAGCAAUCCAAAAGCAAACCGAAAGCCAACUGCUCGCUAAAGAGAAUUCAAAAUAAAAACCGAAAAAAGUAAAUACCAAGGGAAUCCACUUGCCACAAGUGCUGGGGAUUGAGCCUGGGAACAUAAUUCAAAAACCAAAUGAACUUUUCGAAAACAAAUUUCAUUGGUCUGUGAUAAGUGAAGGUCAAGCAAAGAGGAAAUUUUUUAUGAAAACUAAAAACCAACCACAAACAACACGAAGCGGAACAAACGUCAAGGAAAACCACAAAAAGGCAGCAUUUUCCAAAUUAGCAAAAUUGUAGAAAUUAUUUAAUGCAUCAAAACGUUUGACCAAACAACAAGCAGCAGCAAAAGCAGCAGCAGCAACACAGUGCGGUUUCACACAAAAGGCGGCCAUUAAAAAAACCAAAAAACCUAGCCAAAUUAUAACACAAUUUAUUUAUAUCAUCAACUGCAAGGCGGCAGGCACUUCAUUAAGCAUCAAAGCGAGCUGCGUGCAACCGCAGAACGUGCAAAUUCCGCACCGCAACAGAAGCACCACCACAGCACCACUGCACCACCAGCCGUAAAAUGUUGGCCAUGCCCACGCUGAUGAUGCCAGCCACCGCCCAGAUGACGCUCAGCGCCGCCCACGGAAAGCCCUACGAGACAAAGCUGCUGGCCAUCCACCAGACGCACCUGCAGCAGCAGCAGCAGCAACAGGCGCCCGCCCCGCAGCAGCAGCAAGUGCAGCAGCAGCAGCAACCCGGCAAUGGCAAGCAGCAGCAGCAGCAGCAGAUGACCAUUGUCACCACCCAGCAGCAGCAGCAGCACCCACAGUCGCAGUCGCCGCACCAGCAGCAGCAGUCGCAGCAACAGGCCGCCGCAGCAGCCGCCGCUGCAGCCGCCGCAGCCCACCAUCAGCAGCAGCAGGCGGUGGCCGCCGCCGUCUGUGCCGCCCAGCAGCAGGCGGUGGUGGUGCAGCAGCAGCAGCAGCAGCAGUACCAGAUCCACUCGCAGCAGCAGUCGCCGCAGCAGCAGGUGCUCUGCAUCUCGCCCAAGCAGGAACAAUUCCACAUCUUUGUCGGCGACUUGAGCUCAGAAAUUGAAACUCAGCAAUUGCGCGAAGCAUUCACACCAUUCGGCGAAAUCUCCGACUGUCGCGUGGUUCGCGAUCCACAAACCUUGAAGUCGAAGGGCUACGGUUUUGUGUCCUUCAUCAAGAAAUCGGAAGCCGAGAGCGCCAUUACGGCCAUGAAUGGCCAGUGGCUUGGCUCCCGUUCAAUUCGCACGAAUUGGGCCACACGGAAACCGCCGGCGAGUAAAGAGAACAUCAAGCCGUUGACCUUCGACGAGGUCUACAAUCAGAGCAGUCCCUCCAAUUGCACCGUUUACGUGGGCGGCGUCAACAGCGCCCUCACCGCCCUCAGCGAGGAGGUCCUCCAGAAGACCUUCGCCCCCUUCGGCGCGAUACAGGAGAUCCGUGUCUUCAAGGACAAGGGAUACGCCUUCGUGCGUUUCUCCACCAAGGAGGCGGCCACCCACGCCAUUGUGGGCGUGCACAACACCGAGAUCAACGCCCAGCCCGUAAAGUGUUCGUGGGGCAAGGAGAGUGGUGACCCCAACAACGCGCAGACCAUCGCCACCCAGGCGCUGAACAGUGCCGCCGCCGCCGCUGCCGGUUUCCCCUACGGAGUGGGCGCCGCCGCCGCCGCCGCCGCCUACGGACAGCAGCUGGCCGCCACGGGCUGCUGGUACUCGCCCACGCCCACCUACCCGGCCUCCUCGGCCACGGCCGCGGCGGUGACCCCGGCGGCGGCCAGUGCAGCCGCCGUGCAGAACCAGUUCCUGCAGGGCAUCCAGGGAUACCACUUCGGCCAGUACGGCGGCUAUCAGCAGGGAUACAUGGGCAUGGGAGUGCAGAUUCCGGCCACCUGGCAAGGCGUCACCCAGGCGCAGAUCUCACCUGCCCAGCAGCUGGCAACGGGCGUGGCCGGCACCGCCAUUCCGCAGGCCGCCGGCGUGGUGGCCUAUCCGAUUCAGCAGUUCCAAGUGAGCCCACAGGCACAGUAAACGCAAAAAGCCAAAAACCGAAAAUCCAAACCAAAAUUUUUAAGUACAGCUGCAAUUUUCUGAACAGAAACAAAACCAAACUGAGCUGUAAAUAAAAUGCGAAGCGCAGAACACACAAAUUGCAAAACAAUUGAUGGCAACUUGAAGUUUGGCGAUUUUAGCGAGCUGCACCCCAGAAACAAAAGCAAGCGCGAAUGCAAAAUCCGAAAUCCCACACCCACAUAAAUAUAUAUCUAUAUAUAUAUAUAUAUAUAACUAGAGCAUAAAUAUCUGUCAACGCCCGUUGAACAAGCAUCGGGGGAAGCAAACAAUUAUUAUGUAUAUGCAAAAAGCAAAGAAAGCGAACAUAUUUUUAACCCUAGUUGCUUACACCACACGGACACACACACACACCUCACACCAUAUAUUUUAAUGCUUUAUGUAAAUGUGUUGAAGCACGGCGCGUAUAAAAAUAAUAAUGACAAUUAUUAAUUAAAGAAGGCAACAUGAGAAAUUGCAGGCCAAAAUGGCGAGCGUAAAUAAAAGAGGGGAAUAUAAAUUGGACUAAGGAAAACGUAAAUCGAGUGGGUUGUAGCAGCCUAAAUCAAACACAGUCGCGGCAUUAAAUUAAAAUAAACAUAAUUAAAAAUGCGUUAAAAUUAAUUAAGCGCACACAGACAGGCACAAAUGUAUGUACGUAUGCAAUUAAAUAUUGAUGUGUGUGUGUGUGCAAACAGCCCUUAACCCCAUAAAAUCAUCCUUCUCACAACAGGACCCGCAUCACUUUGCAUUGCCUACUUUUGUGCGCAGUUUGGUUCUAGCUUAGCACACACACACACUCACUCGUACACUACUUUUACGGGGCGAGUGAAAGUAGAUUUUUAUCCUUUUUUAAUCAUCUAACAUAUACACACUACAAUAUCACAUAUGAUUCUAUAGAUAAUUGAAUAGUGUGUGAGAGUUAGGUGCUUUGAACGAAAAACAAAAACUACUUUCACUCUUACCUAACCACACACUUAGCACUAGUGCCUAUAACUAUGAUAGAUGAUACUGCUUAGAAACAACUGCCAGUUAUCGGGCCAAGUGCAGUUGAUUGGCCAACUAACUCGUCAUGUCCUGCUAUCAUCAUUUCCUAUAGAAUGCAACUGAAAGUUCACGCACUCACACCGAUUUGUGAUCGAUCAGCUAUCGAAAGACAGGUUCCUACACACGCACACUCACACGGUCUCACCAGCACUCGCAGUUCGAAGUAUCUGAAACAUAUAUAGUAAUCGUAUGAAAGUCCAGGAAAAUCCAGCCAGCCAACCAGCCCAUUAUUUGCCUGAAAUCCGAAUCUUGUUUCAUUAAGAUUUAAGUUUUUCGCUUUACUUUCAACAAGCGCUUUCACGAGAGCCACAUGUACAAAGCAGCCGCAAAAAUGUUUCAAACUCCCUCCAAACAACUUACUCUUAAAAACACGCCAGUAUUAACCCAUGUUUGUACAUGUUACGUUUAUGGUUUUAUUUCAGUUGCCAGAAGAGGAAUGGUUAGCUGCAAAUUUGUUGUGUUAGUUCUCUGUUGUUUAGGCCAAACGAAAGCGAUAAGGAAACCCAAACCAAACUGAAACCAAACCGAAACCGAACCGAUAACCAAACAGAAUAUCCAAGUAGCUAAUAAUAUAUAUAUGGUAUGAGUACGAGUAAUAUAUAAAGAAAAUGAGAAAGAUAAAGAGAGAAAGAGAGAGCAGAACUCCCCUACACAAGUAAAAUAUAUUGAAAACAAUCAAAGUAUGCCAUCGAAUGAUAUUAAUUGAUAUUAGCUAAUCGAGCAUAGCCGUAAUGCAGUAGAUAUUAUCGCCUAAUCAUAUAAGCCAAUAAAAACACUUGCAGCCCAAACAGACAGUGAGAGAAAGGAGCCGUCACACACAGGACACGAUACCCAGAAGGCAAGCAUUAAUCAACUUAUGACAACACCACACCACACCACACACCCACUCACACACAAAUCUAUAGGGAUCGAGAAUUUCGGAUGGUAGUACAUGAAUGUGAAACAUAAAAAUAGUCAUAUGGUAAAUACAACUAAAAGUGUAGAGUAUAUAAAUGUAAAGUGGUAAAGCCUAGACUUAGCGUUGGUUGAUAAGUACUUAGAGUAUACAGCAUAUGCAUUAAACAAACAUGCUUAUAUAACAUAUAGCAUAUAUAGAGAACACUCACACAACAACAAACAGCGCCCACUCACACACACACAUACACAUACACACAUGGUGUUUACAUAUAGAGAUGAAAAACUAAAUGCGAGCAACAUAUGGUAAAUGAUAUUUAUUGUAUAUUGUGUUGUAUGCGUUGGAUGAUAAAUCACAAAUAGAUGUUCAAAAUGAAAACCAAUUAAAACGAUGACAGCAACAACAACAACAGCAACAGCAGCAAGCAGAGAUCCCAAGUAAUAGAAAUAGCAAUACGCAUACGUAACGUAAUCGCAAUCGCAAUAGCAUUCGCAUAUAUUCGUACGUAUCGGACAAUUAAGCUGCAAAGGACGAAAAGGACGAGGCUUGAUUUGCAUUUGACACGCCCCAAUCCCCAGCGACUGGCAGCGUGGAAUUUGUUAUGUCAUUUUUUUAGUGGAAUUUUUCGCAGCUAACGGAGCAGAGCAUUUAGUAACUCGCGUGUGGCCCUAGCACCAGUAAAUGUCUAUUGAUAAUACCCACACCGGAACACGUAUAUGUUCGCAGGAUGCGCUCACUCAGUACGAUAAGAUGGGUCUGGGGAUUUUAAACAAGAAUCAGAGGAUCAGCAGGACACGUAGUAGUCUUUAGGAGCAGUCGUACUGUAUAUUUAAAUGUUUUUAGCACUAGAACUUAGAGGAACUACGAGGCGCAUGGCAUGCGACUUAGAUGUAGAUGUGAUUUUAAAGAGGGCGGGAUUGGGCCGCAUAAAUGCAAGUGAAGUGGAGCUGACAAAUGCAUUUUUUGUUGUUAUUUUAUUUCCUAGAAAUUUUGUUAAGUGAAAAAAAGCGAGAACAAAAAUUUGAAAUGUUGUUGACCAAACGAAAAGAAAGAAUAAAAUAAUCAUAAAAAAAAACAGUUUUGCAGAAAACAAAAAUUUGGCUAGGAAAACAAAGAAGAAAAAAACCAUUUAUAAGUGAAAAAGUUUAUAGUUAAGACAGAAAAAAACGAAAAAAAAAUAUUAUCGGUUUGUUUGUUAAUGUUUGCGCUACAUAUCAGUAAAGAGUUAAAAUGGGUAGUUGGCACGUAGAAAUAGUGAAGAGUUGGAAACUAAAUAAGAAUUCAAAUGUGGAAGGUAAGAGGCAUAAAAACAAGCUGACGAAGACGACGAACUAAAUAAUAUACAAAUAAUAUAAUAAAAAAACAUAAAAAUUAUAUAAAUAACAGCUGUAACUGUAUGUAUUUAUGUUGUGUAACUAUAAAAUGUGCUAAGUCAUUUAUAUACGUCUAUAUAUAUAUAUGAACAUAUACAAAGUAUUUAUACACAUGGAAGCCCACGUCACAUAUACAGCAGAGAAGGACUAAUCCUGUUAGAGGAUUUGCCCAAAACAAAGCCACUACAAAAGUACUGUGUAGCUGCACUAUAUUGCAGGAUGAUUAUUAUUAUUCAUCGACUCAGGUUCUGUUCCGCUCAUAGCCCAUUUCCACCAUUAGUCAAGCAUAAUUCAAUUCCGAGUCCUUCGCUUUGAGUUACUAAUUCGGUUUGGGUUCAAAGCCAACUACACACUGAAACGAUUGCAGUUAUUAACCAUAAACUACAAUUACCAAUUAGUCAAUUCGAAGUGUAAUUAACUGGAGUGCUGAAACAGGAGCAGUUAGCAAAAUUUACCACACGCAACGCGAAAAACAAGCGCUGCAUGUGGAGGCACAUAGCAUAAAUUAAACUAAACGAAGGGAAAACAAAUUUUAACGAGAUCCAAUUGCAGCAAGGCGAAACCGAAAAUCAAUCAAAUAAAAGUAUUAUCUAAGCUACAAACAAUUAUAUAUAUUUACAUGCAGACAGACCCUUCAAGGUGAAUGGCAGUGCAUACUAUUUAUCCGAGUUCUGAGUGUGUUUUCCGUAAGUUUAAUUACACACCAGUUAGGGAUAAGGCAUAAGGAUCUAAUUUACAGGCAGACGCAGAGCAGAAAUAUUAUAUUAAAUGUACUAGCCACGAGAACCGUUGGAACCAAAUCAAAUUCAGUAUAAUCCGAGCAGGCAGGCAACCCAGGAUAUUUUUGUGCAAUAAACCAGGCGGAUUGAAGGGCAUGUUAUGCAAUUAAAAUUACACUAAGAUUGUAAACAAAUCAAAUGCAAAUGUAGAAAAAUCAAACGAUGAGCAAACAACCAAAAGCUGCUAACAAAACAAACAUCAAAGGAAAAACAAAAGCUAAAACCAAAAAAGUUUUGGAAGGCAUUCGACACGAGGACAGAACUCACACAGACACAAAUACAGAUACAGAUACAGACACAGACAUAGAUAUCGAUAUUAUACGAACAAUAUAUAUAUAUAUAUAUACACAUAUAUAUAUACAGACGUAAAAUAUGAUAAGUAAAUAGCAAAUAACUAAAGUAAACAAAAUAUAGAUAUCGACUGCAGUAUUGCAAAUAUUUUGUAGAAAUUUAAGCAUGUUUGAGUGUGUUUUAGGACAAGGACUAGUAAACACAAAGGCGAAAGGCAAACAGGAUGAAAAAAUCGAAAACAUUGUAGCGGAAUAUAAGGGCCGAGAACAUAAGAAAACAACCAAACAACAAACAACAGCAAGAACAAAGCCGAAAAUUCAAAAACCUAAUGCAUAAGCUAAGUAUUAAAUAUACACUAAAACAGAAAAAUAUAUAUACAAAUUAAAUACGGCAUCACAAGUCACACAGACAUACACACAUACAAAACGGCAUUUGCAUAAGAAAACACACAAGUGAAACAACGUAACGAAUAUUAAAAGAGUUAAUCAAAUUAAGCAUAACAAUUCAAAGGAAAAAUAUUUAUAGUUGAAAAACAAACAAACAAAUAAAAACCAGGAUAAUUUGGUUGCGUAUUUGUAUACCAACGCGCCAAAGAAACCCGAAUAACCCAGCAGCGAAAUGCAAGCAAAAUAUUAUACAACAAUGUCAGCGAAGCGUAGCGGUCACCAUCUCAUCGAGAAAGUUUCGACAGAAAGGUGACCCCGACAAAUGGGGAAUGGUUUUAGAGCUAGACGCUGGGUUGCCAUAAGAGGCGAAACGCAUAGAGAAAUUAUACUUAGGUGACAGCAAAAAAAACAAAAAACACAAAAAUAACACAAAAACAAGAGUGUAAUAACAAACAAGAGAAGAGAAGAAGGCGAGAUGGAAAAACAAAGAACAACUGCAACAUAGAAAUGAUGAAAAUAAGUAAAUAUACCGAAUAAACAACAAAAAUUAUAUUAUGUAUACAUAAAUAUAUUGAAAGAAAACAAAUAAAAACGAACAAAAAAAUUUUG